AUGGCCAUCAAACCGCUCCAAAUCCGCGUCUCUAUUGAUAGAGGCGGUACUUUUACUGACGUUCAUGCCGCGAUACCUGGACGCGAAGACAUUAUCAUCAAGCUUCUCUCAGUAGAUCCUGCAAAUUACCAAGAUGCGCCGACAGAAGGUAUCAGACGGAUCCUGGAACUGGCCACUGGCCAACCGCAUCCCAGAGGCCAAUUACUCGACCUCUUUCACAUUGAAUCCAUCAGAAUGGGCACGACAGUCGCUACAAACGCGUUGCUCGAGCGCAAAGGAGCCAGAUCUGCCUUGCUCAUCACAAAAGGCUUCAAGGAUCUGCUUCUCAUCGGCAACCAAUCGCGACCCAACAUUUUUGAUCUGUCAGCAGCAAAGCCUGAUGUCCUUUACGAGCACGUAAUAGAAGUCGGUGAGCGUGUGACCAUGGAAGAUUACACAGAAAACCCAAGUCCCGAGACGGUCAAUCUUGAUGCCACAGAUCCUGACAUUGUGGAGGCUGUCACUGGAGAACGCAUUCGUAUACUGCAACGACCAGAUCCGGAAGCUAUUCUCAAAACGCUGGAAUCACUAUGGGAGCAAGGCUAUCGAUCAAUCUCAAUCGUCUUCCUCCACUCCUACGCAUAUCCUGCUCACGAGAACCUUGUUGGCAACCUGGCUGUCUCUAUGGGCUUUUCAGUAUCUCUAUCAAGCGCGUUGCAGCCAAUGAUCAAGGCUGUACCCAGAGGAAUGAGUGCUACAGCAGAUGCGUACCUCACACCAGUCAUAAAGCAAUAUAUCAGCUCCAUCUCAGAAAACUUCAGGGGUGGUCUCGGGGCACAGAACACUCGCUGCGAGUUCAUGCAAUCAGAUGGUGGACUUGUUGACUUCCGCAGGUUCGGCGGUCUCAAGGGUAUCCUUUCCGGUCCAGCUGGUGGUGUUGUUGGUUACGCUCAAACAUCUUGGGACGACGAGGAACGCCGCCCUAUCAUUGGUUUCGACAUGGGUGGUACUAGUACAGACGUGUCUCGUUACGCUGGCGUAUACGAGCAUGUCUUUGAGACCACGACUGCAGGUGUCUCCAUUCAAUCACCUCAACUGGACAUCAACACUGUAGCAGCAGGAGGAGGUUCUAUCCUCACAUGGAAGAACGGAUUGUUCCAUGUCGGUCCCGAAUCUGCUUCUGCUCACCCCGGCCCUGCCUGCUAUCGCAAAGGUGGACCUUUGACCGUGACUGAUGCCAACCUGUUCUUGGGAAGACUGUUACCGGAUUACUUCCCUGAAAUCUUCGGCCCCAAGGAGAAUCAACCGCUCGACCGCGAUAUUACAGCACAAAAGUUCUUGGCUCUGACAGAAGAGAUCAACCAGCAGCAGCGCCGAGACGGUGCCGUCACGUUCACACCUGAAGAAGUCGCAUUAGGAUUCCUGAACGUCGCAAAUGAAGGUAUGGCCAGACCUAUCAGAGGUCUGACAGAGGCCAGAGGCCAUGAUACAGCUGCACAUCACCUGGCUUGUUUCGGUGGUGCUGGUGGCCAACACGCAUGCUCCGUGGCCAAGGUGCUCGGCAUCUCGCGUAUCAUCAUUCACAAAUACUCCAGUAUCCUGUCUGCUUACGGUAUGAGUCUAGCAGAUGUCGUUCACGAGAUUCAGAAGCCAGCAGCCAUAACUUACUCUGCAGAGACUCAACAAGCCAUCCAGAGACAGCUUGAAGACCUUGCUUUCGAAGCAUCUCUUGAGCUGAAAGAUCAAGGUUUCACGGAUGAGAGUAUCACUUACGAGACCUUCUUGAACCUUCGAUAUGCUGGCUCAAGUAGCUCUCUCAUGGUGCUCAAGGGUGCUGAUUGGGACUUCCAAUCGGCAUUCGAGGAGAGACAUCAACGCGAAUUCGGCUUCCUCUUCCGAGAGAAGCCGAUUCUUGUUGACGACCUCCGUGUCAGAGCAAUCGGAGCUGCCCACGAGAAGAUUGCUGCCAGCCCCUAUGCACAGUUGGAGCAGGCCGCUUCUCUCAAUGUAUCUGAAGCUGUACCUAAUGCGACAAACCGCGUUUACUACGAAGGCUUGGGCUACCUAGACACACCGACUUACGAGCUGCCUGCUAUUGCUGUCGGUAGCAAAAUUUCUGGCCCAGCGUUGAUCAUCGACAAGACUCAAACUAUAGUCGUUCUUCCCAACGCUGUGGCCAAUGUGCUCGAGAGCUGCGUCGUGAUCGACCACGAGACUUCUACCACAGCUGUUGACAGGGUACUUGUGAACGAUGACUUCAGUCCCAUCCAGCUCUCUAUCUUCGGCCAUCGCUUCAUGUCCAUUGCUGAGCAGAUGGGUAGAACUCUUCAGAAGACUUCAGUAUCUACCAAUAUUAAGGAGAGACUUGACUUCUCCUGCGCGCUAUUCUCCAACGAUGGUGGCUUGGUAGCUAACGCACCUCACGUUCCGGUCCAUCUUGGAAGCAUGCAAUUUGCAGUCAAAUACCAACACAACCUUUGGAAAGGCAAGUUGAAGGACGGCGAUGUGCUUGUUUCGAACCACCCUUCCUGUGGUGGAACACAUCUUCCGGAUAUCACGGUCAUCACUCCCGUCUUUGAUGGCGAGGAGAUCGCUUUCUAUGUUGCUUCAAGAGGACACCACGCCGAUAUUGGCGGUAUUCUACCUGGAAGCAUGCCCCCUACCUCCCACUCUCUGUAUCAGGAGGGUGCAGCUAUUGAAUCACUUAAGAUUGUUGAGGCAGGCAGGUUCAAUGAAGAAGCUAUCACUAAGCUGCUUCUUGAAGAGCCUGCGCGGUACGAUGGUUGUUCCGGUACUAGAUGUCUGCAGGACAACAUCUCAGAUCUCAAAGCACAGAUCGCCGCCAACAAGCGUGGAAUUACAUUGAUCAAGGGCUUGAUCAGUGAGUUCGGCCUGCCCACCGUACAUCGCUACAUGUAUGCCAUCCAAAGAGCAAGCGACAUUGCCGUUCGAGAAUUGCUCAAGCAAAAGUACGAACAAUUCGGCAGAAAGCCUCUCAAAGCAAUCGAUUACAUGGACGACGGAACACCAAUCGCCCUCGAGAUCACCAUCGAACCUGAAACCGGAACUGCCGUCUUCGAUUUCGCAGGAACGGGACCACAAGUCUAUGGCAACACCAACGCACCAGUUGCAAUCACAAACUCAGCAAUCAUCUACUGUCUCCGUGCGCUCAUUUCUUCCGAUAUCCCUCUCAACCAAGGUUGUCUGAAUCCCGUCGAGAUCAAGAUUCCGGAGAACUCGCUGUUGAGUCCAGCAAAAGGCGCCGGUGUCGUUGGCGGCAACGUCCUUACCUCCCAACGCAUUACAGAUGUCGUACUUCUUGCCUUCCGCGCGUGCGCCGCCAGUCAAGGCUGCUGUAACAACCUGACCUUCGGCACAGGCGGCAAAGACGCAAAUGGCAACCACGUCAAUGGCUUCGGUUACUACGAAACCAUCGCCGGCGGUUCAGGAGCAGGACCAACCUGGCAAGGUCAGAGUGGCGUGCACACCCACAUGACUAACACCCGCAUCACCGACCCCGAAGUAUUCGAGAAGCGCUACCCAUGCAUCUUGCGUCAAUUCGGGUUACGCGAAGGCUCUGGCGGUAAAGGCAAGCACAACGGUGGUGCAGGCACAAUCCGCGAUAUCGAGUUCCGCAUGCCAGUGCAAUGUUCGAUUCUUUCUGAACGCCGCAGUCGCCAACCUUAUGGACUUGAAGGAGGUGAGGCUGGCGCUGCUGGUCUCAAUUUGGUGAUUAAGAAAGAUGAGUACUCUAGUGAGAAAAGAGUGGUCAAUCUUGGAGCCAAGGGAACGAUCAAACUUGGCGAAGGCGACAGGAUCGUGAUCAACUCUCCUGGUGGUGGCGGUUGGGGUUCUGUACAAGAGGGUGGAGUUGAAGAUGCUACGACAACUGAAAAAACACAAGCGAAGAUCUUGGCAGGUGGAUCGGUGAAUGCCUAUAAAGCUAGGCAAGAAACGAACUAG